UCCAACACGGUCAGUAAACACAGUGGCGCCGCUCUGUGUGUCAUUGGUGUGUGUGCUGUGCUGUCCAGCAUGAGGGGAACAUGAGGAGGUGCCCUCUAACAUCACACCGCUGCUGCUGCUCUGCACUCAUAAGAGAACAUCACAAAAAGCGGAUUCUACAGAGGAGGUAGACACUCAAGGAAGGCUGUAGCUGUAGUUUCUGUCGUGUGAUCUGAGCAGGAAUGGUGGGCUAUGAUCCAAACUCCCCCGGCGCGGCUCUCACCCCGGAGGAAGCUGCUCUGGCCGGGUCAGCGGCGGGUAUGGUCACCCGUGCCCUCAUCAGCCCUCUGGAUGUCGUCAAAAUCAGGUUUCAGUUACAGAUCGAGCAGGUGUCCUGGAGGAGUCGUCAGGGGAAGUACUGGGGUUUAUGGCAGGCCACACGCUGUAUCAUGACUGAAGAAGGACUUCCUGCCUUCUGGAAAGGUCACAUUCCUGCCCAGCUGCUGUCUGUGUGUUAUGGGGCAGUUCAGUUUGCGAGUUUUGAAGCGUUAACAGAGCUGGUCCAUAAGAAGACGGUCUAUAACAGCCAGACCCCAGGAGUGCACUUCAUCUGCGGCGGUUUGGCCGCCUGCUGUGCCACCGUCGCCUGCCAGCCGCUGGACACCCUCCGCACACGCUUCGCUGCUCAGGGCGAACCCAAGAUCUAUCGUAACCUCAGACAUGCCGUGGCCUCAAUGUUCCGCACAGAGGGGCCCUUCGCCUUCUACAGGGGCCUCACACCCACCCUAGUGGCCGUGUUUCCAUAUGCAGGCUUGCAGUUUUUCUUUUAUAAUAUCCUAAAGAAUCUUCUGGAGCCCCAAGACACCAAAUCUAAAGGGGGUUUAAACAGUCUGAUCAGCGGUAGUUGUGCUGGAGUCAUCAGUAAAACAAUGACGUAUCCGUUUGACCUGAUUAAAAAGAGACUUCAAGUGGCUGGAUUUGAAGAGGCCAGGAUGAAGUUCGGACAGGUGCGGACGUAUCAUGGAUUUGUGGACUGUGUGCUGAGGAUCGGCAGAGAGGAAAGCCUCCGGGGUUUCUUUAAGGGGCUCUCCCCGAGUCUCCUGAAGGCUGCUAUGUCCACAGGCUUCACCUUCUUCUGGUACGAGUUCUUCAUCAAUACCAUUGUCAGCCUCAAGAGCAGCUAGUGAGAGAAACCUUACAGAUGUGGAGAUCAGCGUGGGUUUUAAGGUUCAAGAGCUGUUUUACUUCGCCAGAAAGAUAUUUUAACCUCUGGUUCGCUCUGCUGAAGCCUUGAACUGAACAGUCAGCUGAAAUGUCUGUGUUUAUGUGUAACCGUGAGCUCUACCUCUCUUGUGUCUCUCGACUGGAGACUUGAAAACCAUUGUUACACAUUUUAAGUUUUUAAGUUUUGUCAUAAUGACUGCAUGUUUUGGUUUACACUCUGAAUUAGGAUUUAUUUUUUAUACAUAACACUGGAAAUCAGAAUGCUUAACUUAUAGUUUUGGCAGUUUUGUAUUUCAAAAACAUUUAAACUAUAUACUCGAUAUAUUGCAUGAAAUAUUCAGUCAUCUGGUUUCUACAAAUAAAUUCAUUUCAGGUCUUAUGGGUUUGUUAGGUUGUUUUUUUAUUUAUAUUUUACUUAUUUUAUGUCAUGGUUAAGGCUUUUAAAUGGUGAAUGGUCAAAUAUUUUAUGAAUUACAUUUUUAAAAAUGGUAUGUUCCGUAUUUACGGACAGAUAAAGUUAGUUUGGAACAGUUUGAACCUCCAUGUAUCCUGUUACUCUGGCUUUAUUUCUGCCCAUAUUUAUGUAUUUAUUUUAUUGUACUUUCUCACUAACAUUAGCAAAAACAAACUCUUCAUAAGAUCAUAGUGCUUUUACUUUUACACCUGUGUAGUUACAAAAACUAUGGAAGCCUGUUUCCGCCACUGAAUAAAAAAGAAAACUAGGUAA